CAAAAUUAUCGAUUUUUAAAAUUGUCCGCAUAUUGCUAGUGAAACUAAUUUUUCGAAGUUCAAUUUAAUCCUCAUAUAUGCGGAUCAAGCAGAUAACGGCUAGAGACCAAUAUGACGUCAAAUACACUUGGAUCGAAAUAUCUCGAAAACUGCAAGAUGGCAUAAAAAGUCAACAAUUUUGCAUCCUUUAAUUAUCUCACAUCUUAGAUUCAAAAUUUAAAUAAAGUCAAAUUAAUUAACAAAUUAUUUUGUACUGCUUGUUUAUAUUGUGCAUCGUGGAGGUUAUCGUAUCGAGCUUUCCAAGACAGGUUGAAUAAAUGAAAAUGACAUAAACAGGUUUUGUACAGUUUAUGCGUUAUGGCAAUGCACCUGAGGAUCAUAAAAUGCACGACGAAUAUAGGACGGGAAUGUGACUUGUACCAACCUGUCUAACGAUAAGAAAGAGUGCGGUAAAAGCCUAUUGUUUAAAUUGAUGAAAUUAUUCUAAUCCGGCUAACUUCUCACCAGUUGCAACCUUCGCAACACUCGUUCACGCAGGUACAGUUUUUGAAUAUACGUAAAUUAAUUUAUCCUUCUGUGUCAAAUCGUUACAAUGGCAAAGUGUUUCCUGUAUGAAUAUUCGUGUAGCUUACACGUAGUAAAGUGAUAUUUGAAGGAGGCAAUGGGAACGUUUGAUUCUUCGUUGUUUGAAAGAUGUCCCGUGCAUAAGAUGCCACACGAGGAGAAGAAUCGAUAAAUAAAAACGGAAGAUUUUUACGAUGUACAAAAUUUGUUAAGUGACAUACGUAUGUUAUCAAGAGGAAAUGGCUAUGUUGCUCACCACUCGUCACUGGGGAUCGGACGAAUCAUUUAGUUGCUUUAGCAAGACAUUCGCGAGCAAAUUCACAAAAUCACAAGAAAAGCCGAACAAUGACAAGUCAGUUUCGGCGUCCGAUCGUCUACCUGAAGACAUUCCUCGGAAACAGCUGGCGAAACGGAACGCGUUGAAUGUUGCAUCGAAAAUUGCAAAAUCCAAGACGACUAAGGCCUACAAUGACAUCGUCUUGGAAUCUAGUCACGUAAAAGCAUCAGCACUUCUAUACGAAAUAACAGAUCGCACUAAUCAGUUAGCCCAACCACGCGUUCGAACCAUCGAAGAAAAGCUGUCUCAGACACGACCGAAUUCAACGCAGAUUCCGAAAGCAUCGUCGCGUAUUAUUGAACUUUCUAGGCCACGGAUCCCUUAUCAGUAUCCUCCUAAACCGAUUGGAUACGUUGCGCCUGGUGCUCUCACGGCCGUUGCCACUCAGCGUAUAAUUGAAUUAUCGAAACCAAAAAAGAAGCGGAGAUCGAGCAAAAGAAAAUCAAAAUUGCAUAAUGAAAAGUCACGAAGUUACGUAAGGCGCGGUAAAAAGAAGUUGGACAAUAAAUACACUGCGUUGCUUCGUCAUAAGAAUGAUCGAAAAAUGAGGAACAAGAAGAGACAAUUGAAAACUUCAAACUCCGACAGGACCAUUAUUAUGGUUGGCUUGAAAUUGAAGGAUGAUAAGAAAACUCGUCGACAUUCCUGACUACUGAGAAUGAUGCGUGAUGUUUUCUCAUUGUCGUUCGCAGUUUCAUAACACAGUCGUUGUUUCUAAUUGCGCGUAAUGAAUUUUCCACCCGUAUGUAAUAUUUUAAUGUCUACUUAUACAUGAUAAUAAGCGUUGUUAAGUCAGCGAAAUUUACAAACUAAUUUAUUCUAGCAAUGACUCUAUAAAUUUUGUAUAGUAUGUUUUGUACGAAUAAUUAUUCGAUCACUAUGAAAAAUUACCGGUGGAAAUAGUUAUCCGUGAUGGCGAUCAAUACUGAUUGCAUCAUACGCACUUUGGAAUGCAGAUCUGCGAUUAUGCGACAAUACGCACGAUCGAUUUGCGUUCCUCCUUCGUUCUAUUUGAAAAUAUCGCGCUAGAUAUAUAUACAGUGCCGUGAAUAAUCAUUGACUCAAACACAUUUUCUGCGUUAUUUCUUCAAUGUUUCUAUGAAACCACAUAUCAUGUCUGGAUAUGUUAAGUAAAAUUGUUUUUGUAAAGAGUAGAUUGAACGCUAGAGGAUAUCAGGAGAUGUUAUAUGUCUUUCUUAAUCGAAAUAGAAGACAGAAAGAUAAUAUUUAUAUUUAUAUUAUGAUUUAUAUUAUAAUAUGGAAUUACAUAUAUACGAUUUUGUUAAUUUUUGUUUUGAUAUUAUGAAAAAUCGAAAAAUGAGAUUGAAUUUAUAAUUAUUCACGGCAUUGUACGUAUUAUGAAAUGUACUCCCAUAAACUUUAAAAUCAAUUUUCAUAGUUCAUAAACUAAUAGUAAAUAGUAAAUAGUCGAGAACUAGAGCGACGAUACGCAAUAUUGAGUAGUCUUACCGCAUAUUAUAUCCAACGUCGCUCGUUUGGCAUAGGGAACAAUGUCGAAUUCUGGUUUAUCGACUUCCUGAUUUAGGCAUGAGAUUAGUAUUUCGGCUUCUUUGAUUGCCGUCUUCAAGUAUACUUCUAGAAGACCACUGUGGAAGGUUGGUGUUAGCAACUUCCUGCGAAAAUGCCAUUUCUCACCUAGAACACGGUAGACGAUUUAUUACGUUUAAUUUUUCAUUCUUUUUCUCUCGGUUAUUCUUGCGAUAGGUUAAAGAAAUUAAUCAAAAGGGUUUAAACUAAGAGUCACGACGAGAAAAUGGUUAAUGGUGUACUCCCGGACAAAAAGAUAGCAGGUAGUAUAAAUCUGGAAAAUUUUAUCGAAUAACAAACAAAAAUACAGAGAUAUAUUUCGUUAAAUUAAGAAAUUAACUUUGCUUUUUAUAGUUUUGAGGUGGAAACAAAUAUUUUUCUACAAAUAUGGUAAGAAUUUUCAGUCGGUCAAAAUGAUUGUUCAAACGCUGUUCAUGUUUAUCAAAGAUUACCAUGUUAAUAUUUCGUAUAGCUUCCUUUAUUUUUUACAACUGUUACCAUUCUGAUUUGUAACGAUUUAAAUAGCAUUUCCAUUUCACUUUGACCUAUUUUUUCCCAUUUGUGGGCAAUGCAGUUUUUCAAAUUAUUUGUAUUCUGAAAUUGCCGUCCAUCUUCAUAAAGUCUUCUAUCGAGCAUAUCUCAAUAAUUUUCUAUUAUAUUUAGGUUAGUUGACUUUACUGGCCAUUGUAAAACAUCGACGUUUUUCUCCAAGAAUUACUUCUUUACCGACCGUGUAUCGCGGACCUCGGUAUUAUCGUUUUAGCGUACAAAAUUUCCCCCCGUGAUAUGCAUUGCACGUACUUGUAUUUGUUCGCCAAUCAAAUCAAUAAACUUUUUAGUAUUCGCUUUUCCGGAAUAACACACAA